GCCAUAUAUGUGUCAGCAAUAUGUGUGGCUAAAAUGUGAGCAGUAUAAUAUUACUACAGGUGUUGGUGUGCACUAACAUUCACUCCACACACCUCUGACUACUAAAAAGGGUUCACAUCACAGGUAGUAGCAAGCAAGAGGGAUCCAGUCCAGCCAGGCACCUGCUGCUGCACGUUGCUCCCAAAUCGCAAUCGUUGCAGAGGGCGUACAUCUCGCCAAACCCUGCAGCAGCAAGCAAGCGCAGGAUGCGAGCCGGCGGCUGCGCGGUGCAGCAGGCGCUGGCCGCGGAGGCGGCGGCCGUGGUGCGGCAGGCCGUGGCCCUGGCCCGGCGGCGCGGCCACGCGCAGGUGACCCCGCUCCACGUGGCCAGCGCCAUGCUCUCGGCGGCGGGGCUCCUCCGCGCCGCCUGCCUCCGCUCCCACUCCCACCCGCUGCAGUGCAAGGCCCUGGAGCUCUGUUUCAACGUGGCGCUUAACCGCCUCCCCACCGCCGCCGCCUCUAUGUUCCACCCCCAUCACCACGCCGGGCAGCAGCACGCGCCCGUGCUGUCCAACGCGCUCGUCGCCGCGUUCAAGCGCGCGCAGGCGCACCAGCGCCGGGGCUCCGUGGAUGGAGCACAGGGACAACCGCCACAGCCGGUGCUCGCCGGCAAGGUCGACAUCGACCAGCUCAUCAUCUCCAUCCUCGACGACCCCAGCGUGAGCCGCGUCAUGCGCGAGGCCGGCUUCUCCAGCUCCCAGGUCAAGGCCAACGUCGAGAAGGCCGUCUCGGCGUCGUCUUCACCGGAGCAUCAGCAGCAGAACACGACGAUACCACCCACCAGCCGCGCCCACGCGGCGAUCUCUCCAGGCGGAGCAGCUUCCGGCGACGCCAUGCGCGUGCUCGACUGCAUGGCGAGCGGAAGCAAGCGGAGCGUGGUGGUCGUUGGCGAGAGCGCGGCCACCGCGGAGGUGGUGGUGAAGGCGGUGAUGAACAGGGUGAGCAAAGGGGAGCUGCAGCAGCGGCACGAGCGGCUCAAGAACGUCCAGUUCGUGCCCCUCUCGGCCGCGUCCUUCCAGCGGAUGCCGAGGGAGGAGGUGGAGGCCAAGGCCGCCGACCUGCGCGCGCUCGUCCGCCAGGGCUGCGCCGCCGGGAAGGGCGUCGUGCUCGUCCUCGAGGACCUCGCGUACGCCGCCGAGGCCUGGGCCGCCGUGUCAGAGACGAGAAGGAGGAGCAGCGGCAGUGGCGGCCGUGAUCACGGCCAGGGCUGCUACUGCCCCGUCGAGCACGCCGUCAUGGAAGUGGGCAGCUUGGUGUCCGCUGCUGCCGGAGGCGGCGGCAGAGGCCUGGACAGGUUCUGGUUGCUAGGGUUUGGGAACAACCAGGCUUAUUUGAAGUCCAGAGCAGGGCAGCCAUCUCUUGAGGCUGUCUGGGAGCUGCACCCCAUCGUCGUGCCGGACGGCGGCCUCGCGCUGAGCCUCAGGUGCAACAGUGACGCCGAACAAGCUAGAGCAACAAGGCCUUGGCCCUUCGCUAACGGCACUGCAGCAACCGGCGACAGUGAGCUCAUCACUUUGUCCUGCGCCAAGGUGGCGGCGACAACUCCAAAUGUGCCGCCAUGGCUUCAGGGCUACCAAGUUCAAGAUACGACCAGACUGGCGAGCCGCAGCACCAGUUUUCAGAUGCAAGAUUGGGACCCCAACUCUAAUGGAGCAGCUUACCACACGUCGGAGAUCACACUGAGCUUCUCCCCACAGGCUACUAACUCUCCAGACGCUUCUUCAAUCUCCGGCUCCUUUGCCCCCAGCUUGAUGAUGAGCUCCGAACCAUGGCAAUUCAAGCUGAUGCAACCGUGCCCAAACUAUGGACGUGGCGAUCCAUUUGCCAGGUCCUCUGAUCGUCAACAACUGCUUCCAAGGCCGACUAGUCCAGAAAAAUCUUACUCCGUGUCCAACUCAUCCGAAGGUGCCCCUGCAGCCGAGUCGCCAAAAUUCACGGAGCUCACCGCUGAGAAUCUCAAGAUCCUCUCCAACGCGCUUGAGAACCGAGCUCCACGUCACAAGGAUGUGGUUACAGAGAUCGCAAGUGUCGUGCUCCAGUGCCGCUCGGGCAUGACAAGAAAGAGGAGGAGAUGGUGCUGCCAAGAGAAGCCAAGUGCAGUGACAUGGCUGCUCUUCCAAGGAGCGGGCAAUGAUGGCAAGAAAGCCGUGUCUAAGGAGCUCGCAAGGCUCGUCUUCGGUUCCUACAGCAAGUUCACCGCCAUCUCACUAUCCGAGUUCACCCACGUCCACUCCGAUUCCAGCUCCGGCGAGAUCACGUUGAAGAGGCAAAGAUCACUGGACACUGGGCGUAGCUACGUUCAGAGAUUGUAUGAUGCAAUACUCGAAAACCCUCAUCGGGUGAUAAUGAUCGACGGUGUUGAGCAACUGGACUACGAGUCAGAGAUCGGCAUCAGGAAUGCGAUCACAAAUGGAAGAAUUAGGGGUUGCAACGGCGACGAGAUCAGUCUGGGGGAUACCAUCAUAGUACUGAAUUGUGAAGCACUCCGUUCAAUGUCUAACGCUUCCUCCCCUCGGCUCAAGCAAAGGGUCAUCGAGAAGGAUGGAAAGGAAGGAAAUGACAUGAACAUGGAGAAUGGGAUGGAGUCAUCUGGUUUUACCUUGGAUUUGAAUGCAUGUGCCGAGGAUUGUGAAGGGAACUAUGAAGAGAGUGUUUCAGAUAAUGCGAGGAUCGUUAAUAUUGUGGAUGGCGUGUUCUUCUUCCAAUUAAUGGAGCACUCAUGACAUUGUAUUAUUGCUUCAUUUGCAUCUUCAAGUUAGCCUAGAAUUCUUAGUUAUUAGUUGUUUUUCUUUGUAUUUGUCCUUUAUUUGUCCUAGAUCUGUAGCUGAUCCUUAUAUUUAUUGGUAAUUUGUGUUAUGUAUAGUUAAUUAUAUGUGAUCAGCAACAAACUUAUUUGUGGAAAUCAGGAGUUAGGGAAGAAAGGGACGGUGUUCAUUGAAAACUGAUUGCCAUAUACAAUACUCUCUUUUAUUUGACUAUAAUAAUCACUGCCUUUUUA